AUGGUGUCGUCGCUCGCGCGCGCUUUGUUGGACGGAGCACCGGCGGGUCAGACUGCCGCUCGCCUCUUCCUGUGCGUGCUUCUUGUUCUGCUUUUCCUGCGAUUUUCGCUUCAUCGCCACUUCGCGCGGACCCUGUCGUCGCUUCUUCAUCCGCGGCCGCGGCACUACAUUCGCGCACACCUCGCUGCCCUCGCAGGGGCGUGUCCGGCGUCGUCUUCCGCCUCACCCUGGUUCGCGUCCUUCUUCCCGCACUUGCCCGCCUCGGGGCGCUCCGCACCGCCCGGCGCCUCCUCGCUCCUCGACCGCGGUCGCGGCGGGGGCGCAGGGGGCCUGCGGCAGGCUCCGGAGCGAAAGAGGGCCGCGGGCGCGCGAGGAGGGGACGCGCGACGGAGGGGCGAGCUCCCCACGACCCUCGUCAUCGACCUCGAUGAAACGCUUGUCCUCGCAACCAAAACACGGCUCUCUCCGGAACAACUUGCCGUGGAUGUCUCGAUACAGGGAAAGCUGUCGACGUUCUACGUGGCAAAGCGCCCGUUUGCAGAAGUCUUUCUAGCUGAGUUGUUUCCUCUUUUUCAGAUUGUGAUCUUCACGGCAGGGCGGCACGAGUACGCAAACGCUAUCCUUGACAACCUCGAUCUCCAGCCCUACGUCGACCGGUGCUACACACGCGAAGACUGCCGCCUAGUGGGGCCAAACCUCUACGCGAAGGACCUUCAGAAAGUUUGCAGCGACCUCUCCAGGACAGUUCUCAUUGACGACUCGCCGGUCGCUGCCCUCUACUUCCCAGACAACUACAUUCCGAUUGAAGGCUGGUGCGGGAGUGCAGCGGACACGGCGCUGCUGGAUCUGCUGCCGCUCUUGCUGGCGCUCCGGUCUGUUCGCGAUGUCCGCACAGUGCUGCAGCUCCGACACCAGACCAACCCGCCUGAGCAGCGGCGUCAAGCGGCGCACCAGCCGAACUCCGCCUUCUUGUCGUUGUCGCCUCCUCAGUCUCCUGCUGGUCUCUUCCGCUACCUGCCUUCGUUCCCUUCGUCUCUCUUCUCCCCUUUCGCGUUCUCCUCGAAGCGGAGCAGGUCAGCCUUCUCGCUCCCGUCUGUUUCUUCGCUGGCCUCUCCGACCCCCGCUGCGCACGCGUCUCCGUCCGCGUCGUCGCUGGUCGCCGCUCCCGCCUCGCCGCUCGCUCUGCAGCCGCCGGCGCUGUCGGCGUCUGUCUUGGCGGCCUGCAGGUCGACGAUGCGCGCAGGUUUCGUCUCAGGCGUCUACGCGCCUCUGCAUCACGUCCACGUGUCUAUUCACCAGCGCGUGCGCUCGCUGGCACAGGGUGUGCAGGGCUGCGUCUGCCAGAGCGCGCGGCACGCCGCGGCGGGAAGGCAGUCAGACGAGCCGCGCCCGAGGGAGGACGAGGGGAGUUCGGAAACGGGCGAAAAGCCGAGGGAAAAGGACGACCGCCGCGCGCGGAAAGACGAGCGGCGAGAGAACUACGACAGGGGAGAGGGACGAGAGAAGCGAGGCGACACGGACGCCGAGGGGGGCGGUCGCCGAAGGCGACAGUGA